UGAGGAACGAAUGUUAUCCUUUGAUAAACCCUUUCUGGCAUGAGAAUGCAAACAUCACUGAUUCACACAGACAGCUUUUAUAUAUGCACGGAACAUUUGUCAUCCUGAUGCCUCUCAGCCUGAUAUUGAUGAUUUUUGGAGGAAUGACUGGAUUCAUCAGUAUUCUUGCCAGGGCCUACCUUCUACUUCUAAUGACAGGACUGCUCUUUCUUUUUGGAGCUCUUGUUACACUUACUGGGAUCAGUGUUUAUAUUGCAUAUUCAGCUGCUGCCUUUGAAGAAGCUGUCUGCCUCCUGAGGAGUAAGGAUCUCCUGGUAGAAAUUGACAUCAGGUUUGGCUGGUCACUGGCACUAGCCUGGAUCUCCUUUGUCGCAGAAGUGCUCACUGGGGCUGUGUUUCUCCUGGCAGCAAGAGUUGUGGGUCUGAAACAACGACGUGAACAGGCAUUAUGA